CUGACCCGAGGCCGAACGGGGGGCAGAGGUACGGGGAAGAGCGUGAGCCCGCGCUCCUGCCCGCCGGGGGCCAGCCAGGGUUCAGCUCCCCGUCCCCGUCUCCGCCCAGGUCGGUUCGUCUCCGCCCCAACGCGUGGGCGCGACGGGUGCGCCCCCCACACUGUCUGGUCCGUUCCGCUACCCGCUCCCACCAACCAAUCGCCGCCGCGUCGCCUCCUCUUCCCCGCCCGCACGGCCUCGCCUCGGCGCCUCGCUCCUCGCCAGAAGAAGCCAGGCUGCAGCCGGAGAACUCGAAGGCCCCCAGCCUCCGUCCCUCCGACCCCGCGCUGCCGGCCCAGAUCCGCUCGCCCUGCCGCGCUCGUACCCCCCAGCUCUCACUCGCCGCCGCUCUGCGGCGAAGGCAGCCGCCAGCGCGGGCCCAUUUCUAGGCGGGGCCGCGGGCGGCGGUGUUGUCGCGCGGGGCGGGGCCUAGCAGAUUGGCUGAUUUGAGUGGUUGGUUCGGGUUCUCGGGCCCGUCACGCCGCAGCGAUGGGGUGCUUCGCUUCCACGGCGAAGCGGCAGCACCCUGGCUACGAGGACCCCGUACAACUCGCCUCCCAGACCGCCUUCAGCGUUAGUGAAGUUGAGGCCCUGUUUGAGCUGUUCAAGAGCAUAAGUGGUUCGGUCAUUGAUGAUGGCCUGAUCAACAAGGAAGAAUUCCAGCUAGCAUUAUUUAAAAAUCAGAGGAAGGAAAAUCUAUUUGCUAAUCGGAUAUUUGACCUUUUCGAUGUCAAGAAAAGGGGAGUCAUUGAUUUUGGCGACUUUGUUCGAGCUCUAAAUGUAUUUCAUCCAAACAUACCAAUGGAAGAAAAAAUUGAUUUCUCGUUCAAGCUAUAUGAUAUGGAUGGUACAGGGUUUAUUGAACGGAAGGAGGUUAAGCAGAUGUUAAUUGCUCUUCUAGGGGAAUCAGAGAUGAGGUUAUCUGAUGAGAUCAUUGAGACAAUCCUGGACAAGACAUUUUCAGAUGCUGAUGCGAAUCAGGAUGGGAAAAUAGAUAGAGCAGAGUGGGAGAGUUUUGUCACAAGAAAUCCUUCCUUGAUGAAGAUAAUGACUCUACCAUACCUCAAGGACAUAACAACGACAUUUCCCAGCUUUGUGUUUAACUCUGAGGUCGACGAUCUUGUCACAUGACCACAAUUCUUCCAUAGAUGUAUAGUUAACGAAAGGUUUUGCUUUCCUUAAAGCGCAAAAAGCAGAAGCUUGGUACUGGACAUGAAGAUUUCUAGCUUAUUAUGAGGGAGGGUUUAUUUAUGCGGCUGCCAAGGAAGGCGUGUCAAAUCGCUAGCCACAGACUUACUCGACAAGUGUGGUAUUGUAGUUUUAACGCACGAUGCUGGUGCUUUUGUGUUGGUGAUUGCGAGAUUGUAGCAGUAUUCAGAGAUGGAACAUUUACAUGUUCUUUUACCAGUGGGAAGUUUGUGGUUUAUCUGUGCUGAUCUCA